GCUCCGACAAGUUUAGUUUGUUUGUGAACGUUGUACGGUAGUUAUUGGCUUUUUUCCAUGUAGUUUAACGAACGGAUUUUCACGGGGAAAUUUUCGCUCAAUCGGUGACAAGUGUGAAAAGUCAGUGGACGUGAUUAUGGUUUUUUUCGGCGGCGAAAAGGCACAAAAGCUCGUCUGAAACGUAAUUUAAGAAACAAAAUGCGCGGGAUUGGAGUUUCGGAUAUUGUUGUUGUGCUCCUUUUUCAUUUCUCAGGCGUCUUGUGCAACAUCGACCGUUUGGAGUUGAUAAUGCCACGGUAUGCGAUCAGAGGCGGCGAUGUGAUCCUAAAGUGCGAACACAGCGUGCCACCCGAACAACUCUACAAAGUUGAGUGGCAGAAAGGAGGGCACAAGAUUUUUCAGUAUAUCAAAGGACGCAAGCCGCCGUUUAGAUUCUUUCCGACGGCUGGCGCCGUCCUAAACAAAGCCAACACUAGCGAAAUGCAAAUCCAACUCUCGAAAUUAGAUUUUUCAGCAUCAGGAUCAUAUUCCUGCCUGGUCUCUAUGGAAACGCCGAUUUUUACUAAGGAUUCCAAGAGCAAGGAGCUUACGGUUAUAGAGCCGCAAGACAGCGACCCAACAAUAACCUUCAACAAGAGCACUUACGAAAUAGGGGAGGUAUUAGAGGCAAAUUGCACCACAGCUUCGGCCAGGCCGCCACCUCACAUUACGUGGCUAAUUAAUGGUGAAAAGGUCCCUGACGCUUUGACGAAGCGUUUUUCCAACGGCAUCGUCCACGGGCACGGCUACUUCGACCAGAAAGCCUCUUCCACCAAACAGCUUUCGAUCGAAGUGUCCGACCUGCACGUCGGAGACGACGGCGAACUCCGUCUCACUUGUAUGUCAACAAUUCCCGGUUACAUCAUCAAUCCGAACGAAGUUUUCGCCGAUGAAAGAAAAACAUCAGUUCGAAUCGAGAUUGAAAUGACCGAGGGCCCAGUGGAAGCCAUCUCCAACAACAACAUCUCCUCGAGCUGUCCUCUCCGCAUGAGUUCGUACUCUUUCGAAAUAAUCAACGUGGUUUUCAUCGCGCUCUACUACCACUUAUAAACUCAGUUUAGAUAAGAAUUGUUGCGACGUUUCUUUGCCAAAUUUUGGGCAAACUCUGUUUUCUAAAAUGAACUAGGAUGGUGCUGCUAGAUAUAUUUUACGCGAAAUUGUUCCAUUUUUUACUGGCUUUCGUUCACUUGGAAAUUUUAUUUAUCAAAGAAAUAUUUUGCUAAAUUGUUAGAAUAGAUUGUGUGUAACUGAAAAUUUCCGAUUCUCACAAAGUCGGCGACGUCUAAUGAAAUCCAAUCAGAGGACCGGAUUUUAUUGGAUAGGCGGCAUUUCCUACUAGAAUUUCGAUUCGAGACAAUUCCGAGAAUAUUUCACCGGAAUAAAUAAAAUAAAGCAGCUUUUAGCAGGGUAUAACAUACAUAAAAACAUUGGUACGAUUGUCACUUUUUUAUUUAAUACAUUAUAUUUGAGUGACAUUUGCAUAAAAUGAGUCAAGUGUCUCAUACAGAGUGUCUCACCUAAAACUUUCCAGCCUUAUAUUUCAGAUAUUUGUCAACGGAUUUUUAUGAAAUUUAGAAUACAGGUAUUUUAGAAGAUAAAGAUUAAAAUCCAAGUUUUCAAAAUGUAAUUUUUAGAUGCCAUCUCAAGACUUAUAUUAAAAAAAUAAAAAAUAAAAAAAACGUAGAUGCCAUCUCAAGACUUAUAUUAAAAAAAUAAAAAACAAAAAAAACGUAGAAACAUAUGCAAAAAUGUAGACACAGAAAUUUUUCCCACUGAUCUGUUUUUAAAGUAAUUUCUAACGUAAUUUUCUAACGUCACGCACACUUUUGACAGUUUUUUCAGUGGUGUACAAAAUGCUGCUUAGCAAUGCUUCAUUAAUUGUCUCCAAAGGUGACUACUUAAAUGCUUUCAAACUUUGUUUUAAGUUUUUAACGACAAAAUCUAAUAUUUUCGAGCGAUUUGGAUAAUUUUUUGUGUGGCCAUCUGUUUUUCGGGUUUUUCCAAUAGUAAUUUGGCUAAAUUAUAAAUAAAAGAAACGUGUUUUAAAAUUACAUUUUUUUGCUCCUAAUUGGAAAACCACCAAAAAUAUGUGCAUUCUAAAUUUCAUAACUGAGAUAUUAAGCUCGUCAGUUUUAGGUGAGACACGCUGUACAGUAAGUGACAACGUAUAUCUCACACCCUUGGCUCGCUUUAUGCAAAUGAAACGUCACAAAUUGUUACAAACUUUGUUUAGUUUAUAAAAAAUUUAAUGAUGUGUACAUAAAUAUGUGUGAAUACAAUGUAUCUAUUUAAUUGGGAAAAUGCACACUUUAAUAUUAAUUUGUAAAGAAAUCGAAAGCCUAAUUUGCACUGUACUUAUUGAUUUAAAGGACUAUCGGGACGCUCAUUCGCAAAACGCGAUAUUUUUUAUCCUCUCGUCAAUUAAAUAAAACAAUCAAGUUUUAUUUUAUUACACAAGAAAGUAUCCAAAGAUAUAUUUUUCUCGCACAGAUUUUUAUAUAACUGAGUGUUUAUUUGUUUUUCAAGUAAUUGUUUCCUAGCUGUUGGAUGAAUGUUUAUUGUUUAGUGUUCAAAAAAAUAUGUCUUUCUUUACUUAUCGACGUGGUGUUAUUUUGAUUCAGUACCGAAUUUAUUUCUUCUAAAACAAUCAAGUAAACAAUCAUUUUAAACAAGUAGCUAACUGUACGUUGCUUAGCAACUGGACAACACUAACCUAUUAUUCCGAAUUAUUUUGGCAGGGGAUCAAAAAUGCAACUGAAAGUCAAUAUAUAGGCGAUAUUUGCAAAAUAAUUCGAAAUAACGGGGCUGGGAGACUAAUAAAUGGCGCUAAAUUCAAAUCUAAAUAGACUAUUUUCGGUUAAAUUUUGUCAAGGUUAGACUAGACAUGAAAUCGCAAAUUUGACGCUACUACGAUAGUCUUAUAUUAGGUAAAUAGCUUAAAUGACUGUUGCUAGAACAGUUCGCGGGCUAUUAUGGCCAAAAAUGUCUUCCUUGAAAAAGCUAUUGUCUAUUAUAAAGAUAAGGGAGCAAACAUUGUCACUUCGAGCUAGAGAAAUGAUUUUUUCGUAGCCUCUAAACCACAGAAAUGACUGAAAAGAACGCACUUAUGAUUUGUAGAAUUCUGAAGCACUUAUUAAAAUUCAGGCAAUUGACCUCCGACUACAGAACGCCCUAAGCUCGUAGAUUUGACAAUAACUUGCUUUAAUUUAGUGUUAAUUUUGCUCGGAUUUCGCGAAAUCCGAACAAAAUUUAUAAGUUGUAAAUAUACGUGUGAGAUGUAAUUGUAUGAUGAUUACUAAAUGUUUUACGACGACUAUCUGAUAAUAAAUUAAUUAUGUACUAAACCGUUUACUACACCCUGACUUAUAGCUUCUAAGAACGCACGUGCAGCCUUGAAGUAAUUAAUUUUAUUAUGUAAGACGAAAUUACGGGUAAUUUUUAAAUAAUUGAUGCCUGUUUUUUAAAUUCCGUGCCGCGAUCGUGUCGCCACCUACAAAAUCAAUAGAGCAGACCGUGGUUGGUUUCUAAUUUCUAACCGGCCAUGAUCCAAAAUUUUCAAACAAUGUCACCUGUCAAAACAAAACACAUUCAAAAAAACCACAAUUAAACCGUGAAAUGAUCAAAUUCGCCCAAAAUCAGCACAAAUAAUGUCACUGCAGACGUGCCCCCUGUGCCAGAAAAAACUGUCUUUGAAGCAAGUCAAUUACAAUCUGGCCGUCUACAUUUGCGAGGACUUGAAAUGCAAAUACCCGGUCGGUUACGAGUGCAUCGUUGUCGAGCGAAAACUGGAAAACAUGCACGAAAAUCCCGCCGAAAACGACGAUCUGGACGACUGGAUUGAGGACGUUGUGGAGUCGAAAAACGACCCCAGCGACUGGAUUGAUAACCUUGUGGAGGAGGCCGCCAAAAAGGCCAGCAAUGAGGUAACUGGCGAUUGCGACGCUAGCGACUUUGACGAGAUUUUAAACCUUAUUUGUGGGUGAGAAAGAAACACACCGUAACUUGUAUGAUUUAUUUGUGAAACAAAUCUAUGGUUAACAUUUGGAAAAAAUAAAAAAUGCACUAUAAAAUCACA